UCCUGCCCAGGGCUGGGCCCGGCAGCUCCGCCAUGGUGAACCUCGGUGUGCGGCGGGUGGAGGAUGGUGUGGCCGCCAAGCACCCGGCGCUGCAGCAGUACGCGGCCUGCCAGUCUCACGCCUUCAUGAAGGGCAUCGGCACCUUCCUGGCAGGCAGCGGGGCCGCCUUCGCAGUGCAGAAGCUGGCGCGGCAGAAGCUGCCGUACAGCCCGCAGUGGAGCCUGCUGCUGGCUGCGGCUGCAGGGUCCCUCGGAAGCUACGUGGUAACCAGAGCUGAGACGCAGAAAUGUUCCAACUUUUGGAUUUACCUGGAGACAGGCAAGUCCCCACAGGAGCUCGCCGUGACUGGUCAGCCCGCAGAAAACCUCCCCCGUGCAGAGGACAGGGAUAGCAUCGCAGCACUGGUGAAGAGGAACAGGUACGGUGACGUGGUGGAGUAGCCAGCAGAGCACAGCAUUCCGUGCCCAUGUCCUGCUUCACUCCCUCCUGCCUGUCCAACCUGAGGCUGCCCAUGCUGCCUGUGAGGGUGGUAGGCGUGGUGACACUGCUGGAAAGCUCAGAGGACUUGAUCCUGCAGUGAGAGCAUGGUGGAGAUACCUCAGGGAUUGCUGCUGCCUGUCCCAUGGCCUCUGCACAUUGCACUGCGGGUACAAUAAAAGUUGAGAGCUGAAGGCA